UAAAAAGGCAUUCCUCCCAACCGCACACGACGGAGUCAUUUUUCUCUUGGUUUCAAGCACUCAACAGAAUACACAAUUUCAGGUGCAGUUUCAACCAAAGCACUGCUAGACUUAAAUAUAAUGGCGCCAGAAAGGAAAGCCAUAGUACCGACCAAUCAGACCCCAAUAUGCUGUCAUUUAAGGACCGUGCAAACUGGACAGGAGCUCAGGCCAGAAGUCAGUUUCGACAGAAUUUUUUCCCGCGAGCACAGACCAACGGCAUGUCAGCUGGCUUUACGCAAGCUAGUGUUCAUAUCAUUCCUUCCUCUGCAGCAGAUCAGUUUUAUGAAUUCUGCAAAAUGAACCAUGCUGCUCUCCCCUUGGUUUACCGGUCAAAACCAGGGGAAGUGUCAGCCCCACCCUUAGCUGCUGAUCUGGACAUUCGUACAGAUCAGUCCGCAUAUGGGAUAUACGAGAAUGGGGUCUGCACCAAAACCGUAACAGACCUAGUAGAUAUACCCUUUGAUGACUUCGUUACCUUUUACGUCGGCUGCAGUAGCUCGUUCGAGCUCGCGAUACAGAACGCUGGCCUUCCGGUUCGACAACUAGAAAGCGGAAGAAAAGCACCGGUUUACCAAACAAGGGUCUUAACAGUAAAAUCGGGUCCUUUCUCAGCUACCGUUGGUAUGUCACUGCGUCCAAUGCCCCGGAACUUAGUAGAAAGGGCUGUCCAGGUGACUGCUACUAUGGACAAAGUGCACGGAGCCCCAGUACACAUUGGUCAUCCUUCCUGGAUCGGAGUAGGGGAUUUACAAAAUCCAGAUUUCGACGACAAACCCUUCAUAAAAGAGGGAGAUGUCUGCAUGUUCUGGGCUUGUGGAGUCACGGCCGCGCUAGCGUUAAUGAACGCAAGAUUACCCUUGGCAAUAAGCGUCAGCCAAAGUGACAUAGCCUCCAACUUCAUAACUGAUCUAAACAACGAAGAAUUUAACAAGAUGGACGUACCUAAGUGGCUCGAAUCUAUGCAAACUAAAGCGGUGUUUAUAUCUGAAAAGCCAGUGUUUUGUUCGUUGAUUUCUGACAAAGCAUUGGAACUGAUUCGACAGCUGAAGACACAGAGAAAACCGGAGGUAGUAACACCAACAGAUGAAAUGCCUGACGCUCUUGCUAAAGCAGCUCUCAGGCUCAGCCACGCAUGCUCUGUUACCAUAGUUACGCUUAAUGAGACUUCUACCAGAGUAGGUCUCAGUGUGCUGUCAACUAUUAAGUCUCUUUUGUCAAGCGAGUCUAAAGAAGUCAUAUUGCUCGUCCCAGAAGAAAAGCAGGCGGAGUGGAGAAAUUUUAUCGACCGCUGCGUCGAGUUACAACUACUGAAGAAGUCAAUUGCCGUGAAUAACAUUGAAGCAAGAAAUGGAAGCUCGAAGGAUGAUUUAUUGCAAAUUUCGCGUCAUGUGCUAUCAACCAUGGAAGCUUCCACAUUGGAUGAUGUUCUUCCUCGCAAGUUUACUGCGCUGAUUGGUUUCAAUCAGGAAGGGGGUUCAGUAUGGGUGGAGAGUACAGCUGAUCAAAUGACGAGCAAUGAUGUCACUAAAACCUCUCAUAGUUUUUGGCCUGGUGAAGUCAUAGCAGCGGCAUUGUACAUAUUGAAUUGCUGUCCAGUUCACUCUCGUUAUCUGAGAAAAGGCUCUGGAUUACACCAGCCUUUACAUCAGAGCAAAUAUUUGAUGGCUCCUAAAGAGCUUGGAACAGUGAUGUCAAACUUGGAAGUUAUCUUCAGCGCUGACGAAGUGGAAGACCUCAUAAACAAAAUCAACAACUCAGUGUCAAACGCCAUGAGUUAUCUCAACGGCGAGGCGUAAAUUUUUGGCAGUCUUGUACCCAGACCUUCCACCCCCAAAUUUCAGUUACGCGGUAGGAUCUGGGUACUAAGUAAAUGCGUUUGAUAUAUUGUACUCAAGGAUUCAUGUGCAUUGCGUGAUUUAGUUAUUAAUAGUUUGGUUACGUUCAGUAACUGAGUUUUUUUAAUUACUUUUAUCUUAACCAUUUACACCCGGAGAGCUACUGGCAUCUAAUUUCCCCUUGCAGUAUCACCGCUGAAGUAGACAUGAAGGUCAUAAGGUAUUGGAAAUGAUUCGCACCCAAUGAAGUCUUUGAUAGUUAAACAAAUAGGAAAUACAUAGAGAACAGUAGGGAGAAUAUGUAUUUUGAUGUGAACACAUAAAGGGUCAAGGUUUGCAUUAAUUCACUAUAUUUUUAUCUCGGCAAUGCAGCAUUAUGGCCACAGAGUAGCCUCGGCAUUGUAUACAACGCCAGGUUACAGAAUAUAAAGAAGUUUGUUCGUUUGAGUAUUUCUUAUAAAGGGAAGCUUCUCUCUAGAUAAUGAUAAUAAUGAUGAUUUUUACCAAGGAUAACCCUUCAGUACAAAGUACUGUUAUCAAUGGGGUCCUGCUGACUAAGAAUUAAAGCUACAAAUAAGAAUUAUUAAGAUAUGUAAAAUUAAACAUAGAAUAAAAUAUAUAUUAAGGC